GGUUUCCAAGAAUCCUGAUCUCACUUAUCGUCCAGAAUGAGGAAGCUUCAAAACGAAAGUUAAAUCGAAGAGGGGAGAAGCCACGUAAGCGAUGGAAGACCUAAAAAGGAUCCGUAGUGGAUUUGUGGGGAAAGUCGGACUCCCAGCUUUGAAAGGUCUGCUGGAUGACCUUUGGCAGCACAAAGUGUUGAGUACCGACGACAAGGACACUGUGUUGGAGGACCAUACGAGCAGAACGGACCGGGCUCGGUGUCUGAUCGACAUGGUGAUGGCGAAAGGGGAGAGAGCAAGUCUGGCGAUGAUUGAAUGUAUGUUGGAGAGGGACCGGGAACUAUACCUCACCCUGGGUCUGAUCCUUCCUCCCAGCCCUACUGAUCGUGUGGAUCUGACCUGAGGAGAAUAAAUGAUGGCUUCAGUCUUGAGGAAUGAAGAAAGAAUUUUUAAACGCUAUUAAUUCACAACAUUGUAUUCACUGCAUUGGUUAUAUUUCAAACGUCAGUUGUGAGACACAUAUAUUCCCCUGUAAUGUGAGUUCAAAUGUCAUCGAAAUAAAAUAUAGAAAUAAAACAUUUUAUAAAUCU